ACAAGGAACCGGGGUGAACGUGCGGGUAGUUUGCUCUCCGACAGUCUUGACGGCGGACGCAUUUAAAAUGAGAUUAGCAGAUAGACUACACGCACCAGCAUUUGUAUAUUCCUUGGUGAUCUUCCACCUUUUAAAGGCAGCUGAAAAUAAAGAAGAGAAAGAGAACCAAAGAAGAUGGAAUCGCAAUAGUCUGCACGAGAUGCUUGGAGCUACAGGGUCCAGAGACAAGGCCGGGGACAACAACGGGGAAGAUGGGUGGACUCUGGACGAAGAAGCCGUCGCCUCCACGACGGGCGAGGCCUUCACGCCCUCAGACAAAAGUAUCAGGAGCAGCGAGCACUGGUGGCAAAUAACAAGUUCAUAUGAUCCAGCACUAGAUGCAGAGCCUGCAUUGUGGGAUGGAGAAAGGCUGGUGGGCAGUGAAUCUUCAAAUAUUUUUGAUGAAUAUCUCCUUAUUCAGGACACUUGGGAAGAACAUAAAGUUAGUUAAUUAGCUAGUUAGUCUCUUUAAUGGCUGUGAAUAAUAAAUAUGAAUUUUUGAUA